CGCGUGUAGCGGAGAAGGCCUGGAGGGGCGCUGCGUUCUGGAGUGGCGGUGCUCGGGCCGGUGGCAGAGAGCCGGCUGCUUGGUGCCACGGGCGACGAGAGCCGCGAGUGGGUUCUGCAGUUCCCGUCGGGGUCGUCCUCGCAACGAUGAGCGCGGCCAGGGAGUCCCAUCCGCACGGGGUGAAGCGUUCCGCCUCCCCGGACGAUGAUCUUGGAUCUAGUAAUUGGGAGGCAGCAGACUUAGGUAAUGAAGAAAGAAAACAGAAGUUCUUGAGACUCAUGGGUGCAGGAAAGAAAGAACAUACUGGUCGUCUUGUUAUAGGAGAUCACAAAUCAACAUCUCACUUUAGAACAGGGGAAGAAGACAAGAAAAUUAAUGAAGAACUGGAGUCUCAAUAUCAACAAAGUAUGGACAGUAAACUAUCCGGAAGAUACAGGCGGCAUUGUGGACUUGGCUUCAGUGAGGUAGAAGACCAUGAUGGAGAAGGCGAUGUGGCUGGGGAUGACGACGAUGAUGACGACUCCCCUGAUCCUGACAGUCCAGAAGACUCGGAAAGCGACUCAGAGUCAGAGAAAGAAGAGUCCGCUGAAGAACUUCAAGCUACUGAGCAUCCUGAUGAAGUGGAAGAUCCGAAAAACAAAAAAGAUGCGAAAAGCAACUAUAAAAUGAUGUUUGUUAAAUCCAGUGGUUCAUAAUUUCCAAACAGUCUUUGUAUUAAAAGUAAGCCUUAUUGUUAUAAUGCACAGUGGAGGACUGCUUAUAGAGCACAGACCUUUGUAUUAUAAUUUUUAAAAAGGCCCUUUUAAAUAAUUACAAAGAGUGUUUGCUUUCAGAUGCCAUGGGUUACACUUUUAUGGGCAUGACUAUAACCAUUUUUGUAAAGAGUAAGAGUUGUAUAAAAUAAGAAAUAAAUACAAUACUCAAUUUCCUUUCAUAUUAGUAUCAAACCUCUAAUCUUAUGUUUUACCCCUUCAAGUGUAGUUAUGGGGAAAGAGAUUUGUUUGUGGUAGCAGUUUUAUCUUGUUUCUUCAUAUUUUUGUCCUAUGAAAAGCUACUCUGAUACUGUGAUGUGUUCAUGAAAGAUGUUCUUUUAUUAUACUUUGUUAUAGUGGAACUAUUCAUCAUGGAUAUUUCUGCUGCCAAUACAAUCUAAAUUAAUGUUGGGGAGAAAAAUAGGGACUUAGUAUACUCUUACUGAUUCAGCUCUACUUUUUUUGGACCAAAGCAACAGAGCAAAUAUUUCUGCAACUGCUAGGAUGAAGUUGCAGCAGUUAUACUUUUGGAAUGUUAUGUGCCCAAGCAGUCUUUAUAUAAUUUGAAUUGCAUUGUAUGUUAGAUUUUUGAAGAAAAAAAAAAUUGGCCCUUUUUUACCGAAGAAAUUAUUUCUCUGAUCAUUUGGUCCUAUCUCUAUAGAACUAUGUAAAACUGGAUUUUUUUUUUUUUUAGGGUAAUAUGUGACCAAAGUUAAUUACCUUACUAAGGCCUAAAUAAAGAGAAAGCAGUUUCCCAUGUUUGGUUGUGAUACCUUUGUCCUCGUUAACUUAAAAUGAGGAGCAGACCUUUGAACAAGUACCUGAAACAUUAAUUUUAUCCUGAUAAAAACAGUAUUACUUUCUGAUUUUGUUAUUCCUCCUGGUAGGGUGAGAUUAGAAUCAUUUGAUUGCUGUUAGGUUUCAGAUAGUUAUAUAGAACAUUAACAUAGGCUGCAUUACGUCUGAGCCUGGGUCUUUGAAUAAAUGCAUCCAAAAUCUUAAUGUUUGUAAGUAACAUGUUCAGAGAUUUGAGUCAAAACUGCUGGUUCAUUGAACUCUACUUAUACAUCUAGAUGGUUAAGUAUCUGUUUGCUGUGUUGGAUUUAAAGAGAAUUAUUCCUGUCAUUAAAAAAUUUAGAAUGUUAGUAAUGUAGCAACUAAAACAGAUAAUUCCUGGUUUAUGUAGUCUCCGUUGAAGUUUUUCAUAUAUAAGACACUCCACUUUUCUGUUUUGUCAUAUUUAAUAAUAGAUGUUAGCCAUAGAGUAAAAAAAUUGAGUCAGUGGGUAGUAGUUAGUAUGUAUGACCUUUAACAAAUACUUGUUUUGAACAAGUUAGGCUUCAGCGAAUGUGUUUGGCCACGGGUUUUCAAGCGUCUAUAGGGUUACUUAUUACAGCUAAUUUAAGCAGUAAGUCAAGACUGAUUUAUGAAUGUCGGAGAGACCAGUAUUAAAAAGUGAGUAUUUUCAUCAA